GAACUUUUGAGGAGAGUGUGAUUUCAAUACUGUCUUUGGAAGGGGGCUUGUAGGUGUGUGUGUUUUUUUUUUCUUUGGAGAGACUUCCCCUAACCUCAUAGUGUCGACAUGGGCUGUCAGGAUGAGCUUUUGGUAGAAAAGGUCUGUGAGAUGUAUGAGAAAAUCUCGAGGCUUGAGAGUCUGAAACCAUCCAAAGAUGUCAACAUGCUGUUCACCCAACUAGUCCGCACGUGCAUGCCACCGAGCCCCAUUGAUGUAACCAAGCUGUGCAAAAGGGUGCAAGAAAUGCGGUCUAAGCUCAUUAGGCUCUGUGGGGAAGCUGAAGGGCUCUUGGAGGGUCAUUUCUCUACCAUCUUAGGAUCAUAUGAGAACCCCCUUGACCAUCUCAAUCUUUUUCCUUACUAUUCAAACUACCUUAAGCUCAGCCUCCUUGAGUUCACCCUUCUUAGUCAAAACUGCACCCAUGUCCCUAGCAAAAUCGCCUUUGUGGGCUCAGGGCCCCUGCCCCUCACUUCGAUCGUCUUGGCCUCAUAUCACCUCACUACAACCACCUUCCACAACUAUGACAUUGACCCAGCGGCCAAUUCAAUGGCUGCUCACUUAGUUGCAUCCGAUCCUGACUUCUCCAAGCGUAUGCUCUUCCAUACUACUGAUAUAAUGAAUGUGACAAAUGAGUUGAAAGAGUAUGAUGUCGUUUACUUGGCAGCUUUGGUUGGUAUGGACAAGGAGGAGAAGAUCCAGGUGAUGGAUCAUUUGGCUAAGCACAUGGCUCCAGGAGCGCUUUUGAUGCUGAGGAGUGCUCAUGGUGCUCGGGCUUUUCUCUAUCCAGUCAUUGAUCCUUGUGAUCUUCGAGGAUUUGAGGUUCUUUCCAUCUUCCAUCCAACAGAUGAGGUCAUAAAUUCAGUUGUUGUCGCGCGUAAAUUUCCAAUGCAUGUACACUCACUUGAUCAAGGGCUUGGCCCCAUGAUACUGCCUAGCAAAUGUUCUGAGAUCCAAGUCUUCAAUCCCCUAGAGGAAUUGACGAUCGAGGAGUAACUCUCAUGAAUCCCCUCCAUGAUUUCUAUCUAUGAUCCCCCACAUAGAGACUGGAUCCUUUAAUUUGUUUUUGAUGCUUUUAUGCAUGUCUAACUCCGAUCUACUUGAAUCAUGUUUAUGCUUUUGUACCCUCGCAUCUUAAGUUUCAAUCAAUAAAACGACCUAGUUCAAGUGUUCUUCAGA